UUGUCGGUGUAUUUCUGUUUGUUUAUUUCCUGACACUAUAGCCAGAAGCUAUCGCUACAGGCUGAUGUCGCUUCAGAGUUAUUCAGCUGUACUUUUGCGACGCUUGUCAUCAAAGUGUGAGGUCAUGGUCGGUAGAUAAACACGGUCUCUGUCCCCACAAGCUUCACUCGCGAUAAGGAUUGCUGCUUGAACCCAGAUCUGGGAUACGCAUUUGGGCUGACUAUAUACCUGCCGUGGUCAGUGUAAAGCGACGAGAUGAGACCGGUGUUCGGGAUAGCGUGUUUUGCUAUAGGUCUCUUGAAAUGUCUGGGGGGAACAGAAAUAUUAGCUUGCGGCAGGGGCAAGGUGGGAAUGAGUCGUAUCGUGGGAGGAAGUGAUGCGCAGGAAGGGGCGUGGCCCUGGCAGGUCAGCAUUCGGCUCAACGGUUUUCACAUCUGUGGAGGAUCACUGAUCGAUCACAACUGGGUCCUGAGCGCAGCCCACUGCUUCAAGGGUUCCAGCAAUGUGAAUCUCUACACAGUGCGUCUGGGGGCCCUAUCUCUGAGCCAGCAGCAGGGUGUGGACAGGAAGCUUCUGCGAUUUGUGGUCAAACCCGGCUUCACGGUCCCCGAUCAGGGAAAUGAUGCUGCCCUGUUACUGCUGGAGCAGCCCGUCCCCUUCAACGAAACCAUCCUCCCAGUCUGCCUGCCCUCCCCGUCCACCCCCUUCACAGCGGGACAGCAGUGCUGGGUCACCGGCUGGGGAAAUAUCCAAGAGGGAGUGGCUCUGCCCAGCCCUAGCAUUCUGCAGCAGGUCAUGGUCCCCCUAGUGGACAGUGUGGUCUGUGACACCCUGGCUCAGCCCCCCAUUCUGCCAGACAUGAUCUGUGCGGGGUACCUGGGGGGGGGCAAGGACUCCUGCCAGGGAGACUCUGGGGGUCCCUUGGUGUGCCCCAGUCCGGACGGCUCCUGGACACUGGCUGGGAUUGUCAGCUGGGGGAUCGGCUGCGCCGAGCCCAACCAGCUCGGGGUGUACUCGCGUGUCACUUCCUUCCUGCCAUGGAUCCAAGAGACCCUGAUGCUGACCAACCAAACCACGGCUGGGCUGAGCACUAGUCAGAACUCUCAGUCCAAUCUGACCGCCGGGAAUGCCAUCUCACCCCAAACGUAUCCAACAACUGUGAAGUCAAACUCCAACAGAGCUUGCCCCUUCAAAUCAAGCGCCAUGAGCCUGCUGAUAUUGGCUGUAUGGACUGUGCUAAUGGCUUUGUAGAAGGCUUGGCGUUCCAAAGGGGUUUUGAUACCAGGAGGUUCAAAUCCCGGCUCAGCCACUGACUCCCUGUGUGCGUGCGCGCGUGCGUGUGUGUGUGUGACCCUGAGCGAGUCACUUCACCUCCUUGUGCUCCGUCCUUCGGAUGAGACGUCAAACAAACGAGCUCCUAUUGGAAGUGACUCUGCAGCAGCAGCAGCAGCAGCAGUUGUUGAUGAUGCAGAGUUCACCCUCUCUAGUCUCUGUGAGUCGCUUUGGAUAAAAGCGUCUGCUAAAUGACUCAACAAUAAUAAUGUUUGCCAGUGCAAACAAAUGGCCGCUAGAGGUCAGCAAAGACUCAGGUAUUUACAUGUUUCAUAAUGGAACCUACUGCACUGUCCAAGAAGUUUUGCAUCACCUAGAAAUUUAGAAAUGAGGCAAUUUAAAAAAUAUAUAUAUUUUUUUAAAUGGCCUUAAUCCUGUACUUCAGAGUACUGUAAUCUGCCAAGUGUUUAAUCUGUAGUAUUUUUUGUAUUUAAUCAUAUCCUGGUGUAACUAUCACUGACACUGUUAUCUGCUGUAUUAUUGAAUUGUAUUUCGUCAUAUACUUGUACUUGCUUGAACCAAAGUCAUUGUAUUUAUCUUGCUCUUAAUUGUAUUAUUACUUGUACUGUAACACUUGAAAUGUAUUUCCUUACGAUUGUAAGUCGCCCUGGAUAAGGGCGUCUGCUAAGAAAUAAAUAUCCAGGGCGACUUACAAUUGUUACAAGAUAUCACAUUAUACAUUAUUUCACAUUAUACAGAUAUCACAUUAUUUUUACAUACAAUUCCCCAUUUAUACAGUUGGGUUUUUACUGGAGCAAUCUAGGUAAAGUACCUUGCUCAAGGGUACAGCAGCAGUGUCCCCCCCACCUGGGAUUGAACCCACGACCCUCCGGUCAAGAGUCCAGAGCCCCUAACCACUACCCCACACUGCUGCCCUAUUGGCAUAACUGUUUGCAUGAAUUUUAAACAUUACAACACAUUUCUAAGUCGGAUGUCUGAUCGUGUUGAGAGUAAGUUUCAUUCUCUUACACUCUCUUUGUACCUCAGUUUUAUAUCAGCUAAUCUAAUUUAUUUAAGAAUAAACCUUGUAUGUAAUACUACUACUACUACUACUACUACUACUACUACUACUACUACUACUACUACUACUACUACUACUAAUAAUAAUAAUAAUAAUAAUAAUAAUAAUAAUAAUAAUAGUACUUUUCUGUGUUUAUAAUAAUAGUUUUCUGUGUUUACCAUGCUUGCCUAUGUCUGUACCUUGCCUAUAUAUAUAUAUAUAAGAGCAAGAUAAUUUUAUAUUUUAUAAUGCAAUAUUGUAAUGUGAUAUUUUAUAAUGCAAUAUUGUAAUGUGAUAUUUUAUAAUGCGAUAUUGCACUGUGAUAUUUUAUAAUGCGAUAUUGCACUGUGAUAUUUUAUAAUGCAAUAUUGUAAUGUGAUAU